AAUGUCUUUGAUCUGCAUCAGGGCCCCCCAAAACUGAGAGUCCCCAGGUUUCUUUUUAAUUUCAGAUAUACAUUUUCCUUUUGCAUACUUAUUCAAAAGGAUUCUGACCCACAUCCCAUCUUCUGUCUCUAGCUUCCAGAGCCAUUUUGCUAGCAAGGCUUUAUGCAUAUAGUCAAGAUUCAAUAUCCCUAAACCACCCAGGUCCUUUGGCAAACAACACGUUUUCCAGUUGACCAAAUGAUAUUUCCUUUUAUCCUCAUUCUCCUGCCAGACUAGUCUGGCUCUGAAGAAGCCAGCUUUUUUCCUAACUCCUACUGGCAAGGGGUAAAAAGACAUCAUAUACAUAGGCAUAUUUGUCAGGCAGGCCUAGACUAGGGUUACUCUCCCAGCCAUAUUCAAAAGCCUCCCUUGCCAGCAAGCACAUCUCUUCUCUAUUUUCUCAGUCAUGCUUUUCCAAAAUUUAUUUCCUAAUCUCACAUUGGUAACAGGUAGUCCCAGAUAUUUGAAGGGAACCUCCCCUUUGCUACAAGUGAGUAUUUCUUGAUAAAUCUCACUUUUGUUUUUGGCUUCCCAAAAAGGUAUACCUCACUUUUGUGGAAGUUAAUAGUCAACCCAUACAUUUGCUCAAAAGCUGUUAUUGGUUUUCGUAUCGGAAUUAUUUCGAUUAUCAGACGAGCAGGUCCAUAUACUGGCGUUCCUAUCAGCCUCCAAGCAAGAUAUGCACGUCAUAUCUCCAUUUAGAACUGCUGCCGUGAUGCCUUAGAAUGGAAAUUCGCUGCAGCACCGUACAAAUAAUCUAGUCCUGUCAGUGAAAAUGGUGAUGAGCAAAUGGAACAACCAGAGAAUUAUUUUUUUGAAACAGAGGCACAACCAGAGAAAAUAGUUCUCACGGUGUUGAGGAGAACAUGGAGAUGUCCGAACUCGAUGACAAAGUUUCUCCUUCAACACCAGAUAUUUUGGAGACCGAAUCUCUCCUUCAGAUUAAAGGUUGCAAACAGCAAAUAGAAAACAUGCUGCAAUUCUUUUUAAAUAAUCCAACUUUUUUGUCUGAAUUGCGGAGUCAGAUGAACCUCUCUGGCCCAAGAAAAGAGUAGCUACAACUAAUAUGGCAGACGAACAAUCAUGUUCAGAUAUCCAGGGAAUUAACACAGUUUCAAGGAGUACUGCUUAUGAUACCAUCUCUGAUAAAGGUUUUUUUUUAUGGUGGCACGUCUAGAGGAGUCGCUCGGGAUACUGUAAGGUGCUAUGCUCUGCAGAAUGGAGACAUCGUGGCGAGAUAAGGAGCACUCAAUUAUUCUGAAGCCUGCAAAUAUGUUUCUUUCCAGGGAUUGGAUGAUCAACAGUGAUGUAUCUCUGACUUGGUCACUCCCAAAGAUGACUGGAGUUGAUACAAAUGCUUCUGUGCCUGGGGUUAGCGACCCCGGUGCUGCUCUUAAUGAUCAGUAUGCUGUACUUAUAUCAUAUAGCUGCAAUUAUACAGAAUCAAAGCUUUUCUUUAAGCAAGCCACGAGCUGGCAACCCCGUGCAGCUAGUGAUCUUAUAAUCUCUGUAUCUUCAGAACUGUCAUUACGAUAUCCUAGCCUGAGUGCUCGAGUUCCUCAACAAGCAUCUGGUUCUUCUUCAGUUGUAUCAUUGAACUCAGCUCCAACCACACCAGAUAGUUGUUAUGACAAUCUUAAUGAGCCUAUGAGAAGGUCUGGCUUGGGAAAACAUGGAAAUGGUUCUCGGAGACUAAAUUCAUUUGUUAGUGGCUCUCCAGAAUAAAGUGAUAAUGGAGGAAAUAGAAUGAGUACUUCAACAGGCUGCACCCAUUUAUGGUUGCAGAAUGCAGUUCCUCUAGGUAUUGCUAUCCACCCUCGCCGUUUUUCCCCUUCCGUCGAGUCAUAGCUCGAUAUGUCAAUACGCUGAAGAAUUGCAUUCUUGUGGUUAACAUGGUGUGUUCCUGCACGGUCAAGCACCACUGUCAAGUUUGAGCUACUCCCAUUAAUAGAUAGGAUCAUUACACUAGAUACAUGGCAAAUAACCAUAAAGGAGAGAGGUAAAAUUUUCAUGAGAAAAACAACAUACAGAAUAUCACCCAGAUAUAGCAUGGUGCCUGCCCUCAGAACACAUUUUGUUAUUGUUACUGUUUACUACCUGUCAUAGUCUGAAUCCACCAGAUUCAUCAGAUUAAAUUUUAAGAUAGUGUUCCAUGGCAGGAUCGGACGACCAAACCUCUCAAGCAUGUCAUGUAUUUUGCAGCUGAUUCACGCCAUGUAUCUUUGCACCACAGAUCUUGCGUAGUACUCCCUCUGUCUCAUAAUAUAAGAGCGCUUUUGACACUAUACUAGUGUAAAAACGCUCUUAUAUUAUGGGACGGAGGGAGUAUAUAUUAGGGUCAGUUCUUUUGAUGGCUUCUAGAAUAAGCUCAGUAGGUACCCGUUAGGUACCUUACCCAGCUUAUUUUAGAAGACCAAAAAAACUGACCCUUAGAGCACUCAUUGAAAAUACACGCACUUCCGCCAUUCAGCGGGAAGGUCAUAGUAGGAAGUAGUAGUGCAUUACUCUAUGUCUUAUGUCUGUGGCUCAACCUCUGCGUGAGUGGGAGUCCAAGUGUGCAGCUGAUCAUUUGUAUUGGAUGUUGGACAUGGAAGCUCUUAGGGCAGUAUCCGAGAAACGAGCCAGCCAGAUAAUGGUAUUUGUGCUGAACACGAUGGUCUCCGCAUGAACCAGAGAAUAUGAGACAAAGCUUUUGUGUUGGCCAGGUUCACACACAUAUAUAUCCAUUUGUAAACAGAGUGGUUGGGCAGGCUCGUCGAAAAACCUGUAAUGUUGUGCUGCAUAGUUUUGACAUCAUUUUUGUGUUUUUUCAUUCUUUUUGGUACAUGUAAAUCUGACGCUUGGUCUUGUCUUAGUUGGUGGGAAGAUGUAUCAUGUUAUGUAUCGGAAAAUGAGAAAGUUAUCUCUGCUUUCGUUCC